ACUUCCAUCCACAAUGCGAAAAAAAUUGAUAUCAAAUCAAACUUCAUAAACUCAGAACCCUCAGAACUAGUAGUGUAAAUUGUAAUGUUGGCAUAAGUUUUUAUAUAGAAACUGUGUUUGUAACAUUUUCCUAGAAGCUUCUUACAUUCUUCUUUGCAUACUCGAGAUCGUUAUAAAUUAACCUAAUUUAUACAGUAAUCUUCAGAGGGAAACAAAACUCAAAAUGAAAGGUUCUAAAUGUGUCGUGUACGCCAAUCGUUGUUUGGGCAGCAGGAUAUCUAGCCAAAGACGGCUGGCGACGGCGGCGGCGAAGGAGGCCCCGCGGCCGGCGCGGCAGAGCGGCUCCUUCACCAUGAACCUGUUCCGCGGGCGCGUGGAGCCGGCGCAGGUGUUCCCCUUCCCUGAGCCGCUCAGCGAGGAGCAGCGCCAGACCCUCGCCGAGCUCGUGCCGCCCGUCGAGAAGUUCUUCCAGGAGGUUAACGACCCGGCAAAGAACGACGCGACGGCGCAGAUCGACGAGACGACGCUGGCGGGGCUGUGGGAGCUCGGCGCCUUCGGUCUGCAGGUGCCCGGCGAGCUGGGCGGGCUGGGGCUGAGCAACACGCAGUACGCGCGCCUGGUGGAGGUGGUGGGCGCGCACGACCUCGGCGUCGGCAUCACGCUCGGCGCGCACCAGUCCAUCGGCUUCAAGGGCAUCCUGCUGGUCGGCACGCCGGAGCAGAAGGCCAAGUACCUGCCGCGCGUCACCGCCGGCGAGUACGCCGCCUUCUGCCUCACCGAGCCCUCCUCGGGCUCCGACGCCGGUUCCAUCAAGUCGCGCGCGGUGCUGUCGCCGGACGGGCAGCACUACAUCCUCAACGGCUCCAAGAUCUGGAUCAGCAACGGCGGGAUCGCCGAGAUCAUGACCGUCUUCGCCCAGACCCCCGUCGAGAAGGACGGCAAGACCGUCGACAAGGUGACGGCGUUCAUCGUGGAGCGCGGGUUCGGCGGCGUGUCGUCGGGCCCGCCCGAGAACAAGAUGGGCAUUCGCUGCUCCAACACCGCCGAGGUGUACUACGAGGACGUGCGCGUUCCCGUCGCCAACGUGCUCGGCGGCGUCGGCAACGGCUUCAAGGUCGCCAUGAACAUCCUCAACAAUGGCCGCUUCGGCAUGGCGGCCGCGCUGGCGGGCACGCAGCGCGCCGCUCUGCGCCAGGCCGCCGAGCACGCCGCCACGCGCGUGCAGUUCGGCCGCCGCCUCGCCGACUUCGCCUCCGUGCAGGAGAAGCUCGCGCGCAUGGCGCAGCUGCAGUACGUCACCGAGUCGCUCGCCUACCUCGUCAGCGGCACCAUGGACGCCGGCGCGCAGGACUACCACCUCGAGGCGGCCAUCUCGAAGGUGUUCGCGUCCGAGGCGGCGUGGGCCGUCGUCGACGAGGCGAUCCAGGUGCUCGGCGGCAUGGGCUACAUGAAGGCGACGGGGCUCGAGCGCGUGCUGCGCGACCUGCGCAUCUUCCGCAUCUUCGAGGGCGCCAACGACAUCCUGCGCCUUUUCGUGGCGCUGACCGGCAUCCAGUUCGCGGGCUCGCACCUGCAGGAGCUGAUGCGCGCCUUCAAGAACCCCGCCGCCAACCUCGGGCUGAUCUUCAGCGAGGCGGGUGCGCGCGCAGGCCGGGCGGUGGGGCUCGGCGGCGCGGGCGGCGCGCUCGAGCCGCUCGUGGCGGCGGAGCUGCGGCCGGCGGCGCGCGAGCUGGCGCGGCGCGUGCAGGAGUUCGGCGGCGCUGUGGAGGCGGCGCUGCGCAAGUUCGGCCGCGGCGUGGUGGAGGAGCAGCUGGUGCUGCAGGCGCUGGCGGCCGGCGCCAUCGACGCCUACACCACCGCCGCGGUGCUGGCGCGCGCCUCCCGCGCCGCCCGCCUCGGCCUGCCCUCCGCCGCCCACGAGCUGCGCCUGGCGGAGGCGUGGGCGGAGGCGGCGACGGAGCGCAUGGGUGCGGUGCCGCUGGCGCUGUCGCCGCGCGCGCUGGCGCAGGGCAAGCGCGUCACGGAGCUGGGCCGGGCGGUGGCGGCGGCCGGCGGUCAGCCCUGCCCCUCGCCCCUCAACUUGUGAUGUGUCGCUCCGCACCUGAAUUUCUCCGACAUCAUGCGUGUUCGAUGCGCCCGAUUAUUAUAAUAAUAUCUAUCACGCACGAUCGUACUCGUCGACCUCUAUAAUCCGGCGGGCCGGUGUACCGACGUGCCGGUGUACCGACGUG